CUCUCUCCUCAACUCCUCCACUCCUCGCUUCUCUCUCUUCUCAUCUUCGACUUCUCUUUGAGUAAGAGGAGAGCAGAUAGCGGGCGGCAGAAGAGUAAAGCAACCGCCUCCCCUGCCUCCUGCCGCUUCUCUUCUCCAUUGUCCUCAUCUCGUUCCGUGUCGGUCUUCCGACCUUCCUCCAUUGCUCUCACCUCUCGAUCUCUUUCUACCUACCCCGCCCACGGUUGCUGGGAUCCCAGAUCGAGGCAGAAGGCGCCUGGAGAAGCCGACGAGGUCCAUUCUUGACACCUUCCUACGGCUCUUCCUCGUUUCCAGCGCCUCAAAUACACGAUCGGCCGGUCGCGGGGUCCUUGGACUCCCUGCCUCACGAUGCUCCGGCAUUGUGGUAGUCAGUGGUGAGUCGGCUAAAUCUAAGCGAAUGCUCGUUGUUGUCUUCUCUGGGUUUUGAUUCCAGAGUGGGCCGUCACUUUGCUGGCUUGAUCUAGUAGAUCUGAAUCGAGCUUCCAUCUUGAUGAGGUCGCGUGUCUGCCAUAUUGUAGAGCUCGAGGGCUUCGGAUUUUUUGAUCGUGUGGUGUUGCUGUUGAACGGAUAAGGAAGAGCUUUUUCAGGCUAAGAAGAUGGACUCUGACACUCCUCUCGACUGUGCUGUAUUUGAGCUAUCGCCAAGGCGGUCAAGAUGCGAGCUGUUUGUAUCUGGAAAUGGGAGGACCGAGAAGAUUGCCUCUGGUUUCUUAAAGCCAUUUCUCACACAUUUGAAGGUUGCAGAAGAGCAGGCUGCGUGUUCAGACGAGAUGAUAAAACUGGAAGUUGACGGAUCAACGAGUGGCCACGGAUGGUUUAAUAAAGGAACUCUGGAAAGGUUUGUUCGGUUUGUCAGUACUCCUGAGGUGCUGGAGUCAGCCAUCACCUGUGACGCAGAGAUAUCACAGUUGGAAGGCGCCAGACGAAUAUAUUCACAGGGUAUCGGAAAUACACUUUCUUGUAGACCAGGUGAAGAUGUUAUCAAUUCUGUAGAAGAUGCAGAUGUAACAAAGAACGAACUUCUAAGAGCCAUUGAUUUGAGGCUUGUCACUCUUAAGCAAGACCUGGCCAAAGCGUGUGCUCGGGCUUGUUCUGCUGGAUUUUCUAUUGAUAAUGUCUCUGAGCUUCUUCUCUUUGCCGAGUAUUUUGGUGCAAUUCGUCUAAUUGAGGCAUGCAACAAAUUCAUUUUCCUUUGUCAAAAGUAUCCCGAUCUUAUUGCCCAUCAGUCACAGUCUCUGCAUCAGCAUUUGAAAAGCUUUGCAGACAAGAACCUCUGUUCCUCUUCAAGCUCAGACAUGUCAACAGAUGAGCCAGAGUUGCAAGUUGGUGCUAGUAAACCUCCUGUUGGUGGUGAUCCUCAAGAUCAGAAACCUAACAGCCAAACAUUAAGGACAGUGUCGACAGUGUUUUCAGGUGCAACUCAGCAAGCCAUGUCCAUCCUGCGGCAGAAGGCAGUGUCGGAGGAGCCUAUUUCCUCUGCUUCAUCAGCUAAUGAGCCAUCUCGGCAGGAUGGAGGGGGAUCUAGACGGCUAAGUGUCCAGGACCGAAUCAACAUGUUUGAAAGCAAACAAAAGGAACAGUCAGCAAACUCUGGAAAUAUCAUUUCUGCAGGUGCCAAUAGGGUAAUAUCAGGUAAAGGCCAUAGGAGGCUCUCUUCUGAUGUUUCGGAGAAGUCAGUGUUGAGAAGGUGGAGUGGUGCUAGUGACAUGAGCAUUGAUCUUACCAGCAGCACCAGUAACAGUAUGAAUGAUGUUAGAGGAAGUGGGAGCACUGUUGAAACACCUACUUCUACCAACUUACAGCUUCCAUUGAGAAAUAAAACUGAGGAGACCAAGGCCGCAGGAUUGAGGGAUACUGUCACAUCACAAUGCUGGUUGGAUCAAAGAACAACAGAUACUUCACCUUCAUUGCAUUCCGAGGACAAAGGAUUUUCUGGUGAUGGAGAUCGAAACAAGGAUGAAGGUGUCAGGUCCUCUAUUAACAAGAAAAGGCCAGAUGUAGAGAAGGGCAAGCACUGUGUCAGUGCUUCUACAGGACAGGAUGAACAAAUGGGAAUUGACAAUAAAAAUUGUAAGGUUGUACACCAAAAAACCCUUCCAGUAAACAGAAAUGAUACUGAUUCACUAAAUCUCGCAAUAUCUACCUUACAGUCAGAAGAAGGGAACCAAUUUCAAAUGAAAGAUCAAAUAACACUUCUUGAAGUAGGACAAACUCGAUCUAUUGCCACCGAGCAACUUGAUCGGAGAGAUCAAGAAAUUGCACAUCCUUGGACCAGAGAAACUCUUGGCACAGAUGGUGCUGGUACAAAGAAUCAAGCAAAAUUAGGCAACCAAUCCUCGACAUCUGGGAGAAGGACAAGUGUAGAAGUGAAAGCAAAAGGUCCGUUUGGUUCUCAGGUUCAGCUGAAAGUUUUAUCAAGUUCACAUUCAGAAAGUGAUUUACAGACUUCUCAAACCCAGGGGAAAACUCUCCCUGUAAAAAUGGAGGAAGCUGGAGCAAGAAAUGUUCCUGCCUCACAUGUAACUUCUAGAAAUUCUCUAGUUAAAACAAAAGAAUAUGCCUAUAGCAUGGACAAAAAAAAUCAGCAAAAAUUAUCCGUUUGUGAGACAAACAUAGAGGAAUUAAAAAAUAAUGAAACAAACUCUGUGCCAGCUUUGCUUUCUAGGAAUUCUAAGAAAACACAGAAUGUAGUUGAGCCACCUUCUACCCAUCACAAGGAACAGCUUCAAGUUAUGAAACAAUCAAAAGGAAAUCAGGACUUAAAUGAUGAACUAAGAACAAAGGCUAAUGAGUUGGAAAAGCUUUUUGCUGCGCACAAGCUCAGAACUGCUAUUGAUCAGACAGCUAAUAAUCGAAGAAGCACACCUGUGGAAUUUGAUGAUCAGGUUCCUGUGGCUAUGGAUAAAAGACAUGCAAUGAUACCUCCUGAUCACUUGCUUAAGAAAUCCACGAGGGAAAUUUCUGAAAAGGAAAUGGAAACAGAUGCCACAUUUCUAAAACCAAUGGCAGAUAAAAAGGACUAUGGUUCUGCUAAUGAAAAAUUUGACAACUUCAGCUCAUCAAAUGAUUCAAGAGGAAAGUUGUAUUAUGCAUACACGCAAAAACGGGAUGCUAAGCUAGUGGUAGAGUCGCAAACAAAAAGGGCUCAAAAGGAAGCGAAAAUGAAGGCAAUGCGGGACAGUCUAGAACACAGUCAGGCUGAAAUGAAUUCAAGAUACACAGUAUCUGCUGCUAGACAGGUUUCAAAAAAAAAAUAUCUUUGGGCAGAAAAAGUGGGAUCUUUUGGAAAAAGACAAAAUGAGGCUGUUGAAUCUGUUGCUGAAGAGGAGGAAGACGUGGAUAAACUAUAUGAUCAAGGCCAACAUACAUCUUAUAAUGAUCUGUUUGCUAAUAAUCAUUUUAAAAGCACGAAGCUUUUGCCUAACAAAGCUUUGUCUUGUUCCACACCUCGGACAACAGUAAUUUCAAAUCCUAAGCCUUCUGUUAAAUCUGCCAAAUUAGUUUCCACAAAGAACAGAUCACAAACUGAAAAUCCUCUUUCUGAAUCACUUCCUAACUUCACUGACUUCAGAAAGGAAAAUACAAAACCAUCAACAGCAAUUAACAGGGUAAAUAAAAGAGAAAGAAUUAAAAUUCUUUCUCGAAGCAAGAGCAUUGUUGAAGAGACUAACCAUGUUAUGGAAGACAAGUCACAUAGGUUUCUGUCCAUGAGAAAUAGUGCUGCAAUGCCUGGUGAAUUGGAGGACCUUUCUCUUCUCAAUUCUGAUAUUCCUGAUACUGCACUCACUGGAUUUGAUAAGCCACAUGCAGAUACAGUUUUUACCAAUGAAGCUCAAAAGAGCAAGGAGCUGAAGUUGUUUGUCAGGAAAGGGAAAGGUGCCGCUCCUAGUUCAGGAAUUAGCAUUUCUAAUCCUAAAGCCUCUGUUGUUUCAGGUAUAAUUCAGCAAGGCAACUCACCUGAUUUGGAUAAAGAUACACAUGAGAGAUCAUCUGCUCAAGAAGAUCCUGAGCCUGCUGACUAUCUGCUUGAUGCAGAUAGUGAAAAGUUAAGGUGUAGUCAAGAAUAUGAGAACUCCGAUGAUUUUGGCUCAGAGGAUGGUGAUUUUCAGUCACUUUCCCAAGUAGAUUACAGUACAGCUCCCGUUUCCCCCAAUAAGCAUUCUGCAGGGAAUGCAGAAGUGCCACCAGGAGAAAGCCCUCGAUCAUGGAACUUUAAUGUGCACCCUGAGGCAUCAGAUAUUGAUGUUUGUGCAGAUUCACCUAUCGGCAGUCCGGCAUCAUGGACCUUAAAUCCAUUAAACCCAUUGGAGGCAGAUGCUGCUUGGAUGAGAAAAAAAUGGGGAAGUGCUCAUAUGCCUUUGAUUGCUGCUCAUGCAUCACAACAAUCGCGCAAGGAUGUUACAAAAGGGUUCAAACGAUUACUGAAAUUUGGAAGGAAGAGUAGGGGUGCGGAGACUCUAGUCUCGGAUUGGGUUUCUGCCUCAACAGCUUCUGAAGGUGAUGAUGAUACUGAAGAUGGUCGUGAUGUGACAAACAGACCAACAGAAGAUUUGAGAAAGUCUAGAAUGGGUUAUCCACUUGUCCAUGAUGGGUUUAAUGAAGGAGAGAUGUUUUCUGAACGAGCUGAAUCAUUACGCAGCUCCAUUCAAAACCCUCCUGCAAAUUUCAAACUUAGAGAGGAUCAUCUGGGUGGGGGCUCCCUGAAAGCACCACGAUCUCUCUUCUCGUUAUCUUCAUUUCGAAGCAAGGAAACCAAGCUUAGGUGACACUGGAUUGCCUGAAAGUAUGAUAUGGCUUCGAUACAUAUCGUUCCAAUUUUCCAAUAGAUUCGUUAUAGCGGCUUCAGUGAUGAAUCCCGUCUAUUGUUUGCUGUGAGUUCUUACCUACCUUGCCACUGUCUUCCCAUUGUAGAUUUGGAUGAUUUAUAUUCUGUUAGUCUAACUUAUCAAUUAGCACGGCAAUGUUGUAUGGCCCGAGGUGUUGUCUUCUCCACUUAUAGCAUGCUUUUAUAUGAUAUAAAAACAUUGUUUUGAACUA